ACACUGACAAACAUAAAUAGUGGGUUCUCCUCCUGGGUGGUUAUUCAAGUGAGAAAUUCCACCGAUCAUGAUAUUUUGCUUCCAAAAAGAACUAUACUUGGACGAUUGCAAUUAGUAAAAUCUGUUACACCUGUUGAAGUUAGGGAAAAGUGUGAUAAAGAAGCACAAAUUAAUGGAGUGUCAGUAAAUGAUGAUAAGUUGAACACGAAUACCCCAAAGACCUUUUCCGGUGAUUGGAUACCUGAAGUUGAUUUAAAUUGUCUGACUGAGAAACAAAAAUUAGUCACUCAACAAACGCUUCUCGAAAAGUCAGAUUGUUUCUCUCGAGAUGAUGAAGAUAUGGGUUGUAGUGAAGAACUUAAAAUGAAGAUCAAUUUAACAGAUAACAUCCCAGUUCAAAAUAACUAUAAUUCAAUACCAAAGCCCUUAUACCCAGAGGUAAAACAGCAUAUUGAGGAUCUUUUAAAUCGAAAAUUUAUACGCAAAUCUAAAUCAGCUUAUUCAUCACCUGUUGCUAAAUCAGCUUAUUCAUCACCUGUUGUUUGUGUUAGGAAGAAGAACUGUACUUCAUGUUUGUGUGUUGAUUAUAGAGAACUCAACAGACGGACUAUUGCGGAUUGUCACCCCCUACCCAUAGUCAAACAACACUGGAGAAUAUAGUGGUUUUCCCUUUUAGAUCAGGGGAAAGCUUACCAUCAAGGGUUCAUAGAGACUGCAGAUCAACAUAAGACAGCCUUUAAAACCCCAUGGGGCCUCUAUGAGUGGGUAAGAAUCCCUUUUGGUUUAAAAAAUGUCCCUGUGGGUCCUGUCUGGAGGGACGUUGAGACGAAAUAUGUUUACCUUAUUUAG